AUGAGUGCUUACGAGACUGAGUUGAGUCAAGAAGCGAGUAUUUCACGCGAAAUCGCGCUAGCCGUUGAGGCAUUAGAUGAGUUACGGAAUUCACAUGGGCAAAAGCAGCAAGACACUUUGCUCGAUAAAGUACGGUCUAAUUCGAUUAUAAACAAUGCCGUUCGAGUUUAUGAACAGAGCAAAAGUCAAUACCCCAGUUUUAGAAAAGGUGCAGAGAUAAUGGAGCGGAAAGCUCUUUUUCCGAUGGUCAGAAGAAUUGAAAAGACGAGUAAUAAAUGGAAAAGCAGAGAGAAACAUGGGCGUGACGACGAGAUAUGCUCAGGUUCUGAGAAAGAAACCGAAGAUGAAGAUGAUGGUAGUACGAUUCUAGAUGAUAGGACGUAUGGAGUCAGAGUCUCGAAACGUCAGAAAAUAUCGCGGGCGAUAGCUAAAUCUAAGGACAGUUUCAAAGAAUACAAGCUCAACAUGUCGAUAGAAUCGAAGAAACGGUUGAUUACGUGUUUGCAUCUUUUGAAACUUGCGAACACCCAGCUUUCGAAUCGAGUCAACUCUCUUCAAGAUCUGGUAGUGAAAGAGCAACGUUUACUGCGGCAUAAAUCAGCGAACCCAGAAGAUGAGGAAAGUGACGAUGAAGAAUACUACGAUGCGUCGGAUAACCUAAAUGAACAAUCAAAGGUGAUCAAAACAGAGGUCGUAGGAACAGUGAAAAAGGUAUAUUCGUUGGUAUCUAAAUUUGCGGGCAAUUCGUUACCGGAACCGGCAAGAACGCAGGUACGAGAAUCACUUUUAAAAUUACCUUUGAAUUGGACCGAUUACAUGAAUGAGGAAAACUUGGCCAAAUUUGACCCGGAUCUGACUGCCAAUGGCAAAGUAUUGAUUCUUGCCAAAGAGAGUUUGGAAAUGGUCCACAGCGUAAUGAGCGUAGUGGAUAACACUUUAGGUAAAGCCGAAGAAUGGGUCAAACACAAACAGGAAAUAAAGCAGAUGCUGAAGGAACAGUUCCGAAAUGCUCAAUUCAGAGAAAAAGUUAAACGAGAAAUGGCCAAAGAGGACAGUAGUGUAUGA